AUGGUCGGUGAAGAUGGAGUAUCGGAAGCGAGCGGCGGGGAUGAGAAUAUCGGAAGCCUCCUCCAGAACUCUUCUAUUUCUGGUCAUUUCCACGACCUCAACCAGGAGAUCUCCCCGCUUCUCGACAUAUUCCCGUUGAAAGAGCUCGAGCUAUCUCUAGACAUCAGAGAGCAUAUUGAGCUUAUGCAGAGCCAGUUUAGCAAAGCCAAGUUAUUUAUUGACCAACGUGAUGAGAUGCUGAGGCUUCAGCUCUUCUCCUUCCUUGAAGAGUUUGAGCGGGGACAUAUUCUUGAUCAGGAAGCGUUGCGUACUCUUUUCAUCGACAGAUUGGGGAUUCGAGAUGCAAAAACUUGUAGAGCUGAGAUUGAAUUCUUGGAAGAGCAGAUUUAUAAUCUUGAGGGGAAUGUUGAACCGACUGUCUCAGUACUCAAUGGGUUUGUUGCCCUUACAAGGUAUUACAGAUUUUUGCUUUUUGGCUUUGAGGAUGAAGAAAUGGGAACUGGUAACCAUAAGAAACAGAACAAGGGUCUUAUUUCUUUGGAUAAUGGUGAAUCUAGUGUUCCAAUUCCAAAGGAUUUUAUUUGCCCAAUAUCUUUGGACUUGAUGCGAGACCCGGUAAAAAUCUCAAGGGGGCAGACCUAUGAUCGACUUUCCAUAGCCCAUUGGAUGGAAGAAGGGCAUUGCAGCUGUCCAAAGACAGGACCGAUCCUUACUCACACUCGUCUUGUGCCAAAUCGAGCUCUCCCAAAGCUAAUCUCCCAGUGGUGCUCUGCUCAUGGGAUACAUUUUGAUCCAUCAGAUAGUCCAGAUACGACAAUGAAAACCAUUGCAGUGGCUGCAGCUGCCAAAGCUGCAAUCAAAGCUAACACAGCAACAGCUGAGCUUCUAAUUCAACAGUUAUCAAAUGGGUCAGAGGUGGUAAAAACAGUCGCUGUUCGCGAGCUGCGGUUGCUGGCUAAAACUGGAAGAGAGAAUGGCUGA